GUUUGAACAGUUGAUUACUGUAAGAUCUACACGGAAUCUACCCGUAUUGUGGUCUGUAUUUAUAGUCUAUUUAUGUUUAUUGAAUAUCGAAUAUGACGCAGUAGUUAUAAAUAUACUAUUCGAAAUUACAUUUGAUUUUACAAUGUAAGGGACGCCUAAGAGAGUUCAUAAUGACACUGCGACUAUUUCCAAUUAGUUUGUUUACCGUUUUGAUUGUAUUAUGUAGCUGUGAUGACGCGGUAGUUUUGCCGAGAGUUAAAAUUGCAUCGAUGCAUGUAGAAAGCAAAAUCCAUGCACGAAUGGCACGUGUUCUCGUAACAACUCAGAUGAAAAACUUUGCAAAUCAAAGCCUUGAGACACAAUUUACUUUCCAGUUACCGGACACGGCUUUUAUUUCUAAUUUUACCAUGUAUGUCGGAGACAAAAGUAUAACAGCUAUUGUAAAAGAAAAAAAAGAAGCCAACAAAAUCUAUGAAGAAUCAAAACAGCAGGGAGUUUCUGCUGCUAAAAUAGACCGCCAAGAUGAUACGCCAAACAGAGAAAUGAAAAUAUUUACUGUUUCUGUUAAUGUUGCUGCAGAGAGCAAAUCAAUCUUCAAGCUUCAGUAUCACGAAUUGCUGAGCAGAAAAUUCGGAUAUUAUAAACAAAGAAUAAGUUUUCAACCGCGGCAAAUUGUUCAGGAUCUUGUGUUUCGCGCCAAAAUUUUUGAGCAGGAAGGUAUCAAUAAGUUUCAUUACACAUUGCCAGGAUCAAACACGACUGAAACUAGCUCAAACGAGUUAACGACAGUUAAAGCUUCGGACAAUACCAGGGAACUGUAUUUCAAACCAGCAGUUGACUAUCAAAAAGAUCGCGAUAUCAGUAAAGGAAUUUCCGGUGAAGUUGUUUUACAUUAUGACGUAGAACACAACAAUGUUGGUGGUAUUAUUUUGCAAGAAAACGAAUACUUUGUUCACUAUUUAGCACCUACUGGUUUUACUGUACUUCAUAAAAACAUUAUAUUUAUAAUUGAUAUCAGUGGUUCAAUGCAAGGACUAAAAAUUGAACAAACCAAACUCGCAAUGCUUUCUAUUUUAGAUCAGCUUCAUACAGGUGAUUAUUUUAACAUUUUAUUGUUCGAUAAUAACGUAAAAGAAUGGUUUUCCGAACCCAUGUUAGCUACUUUGAAUAAUGUAAACCUAGCAAAAACGUUUGUUCACGAUAAGGUCCAUGCAAGAGGUAGUACAGAUAUAAACACUGGUCUAUUAAGAGGCAUAUCUUUACUGGAUAUUACCCAGAGCUUAGGGGGAACUAGGGGCAAUAUCAUAGUGUUUCUUACAGAUGGUCGCCCUACUUCCGGGAUUACAAAAACAAAAAGUAUUCGACAAGGUGUUACCGCUGCAAAUAAACACAAAUUUUCUAUAUUCUCAUUGGGUUUCGGCUUUGAUGUAGACAUGCCUUUCUUGAAGGCGCUUUCUUGGGAAAAUGGUGGCUUCGCGCGUAGGGUUUAUGAAGAAAGUGAUGCGUCAAGUCAACUAGAAAGUUUCUACAAAGAACUCGAAAAUCCAACGUUGAUUGAUGUCAAAAUUGAUUAUCCAAACAACGCUGUUGAACUGUCGUCAUUAACUUCGACACGAUUUCCGCAAUAUUUUAAGGGUUCUGAGUUAAUUAUAGCUGGAAAAAUCAACGACCAUUUUCAAUUGCACUUAGAUGCUCACGUUCAGGGACAGGGGUCAGUUACAAAUCUGGACACCAACAUUAGUUCUACCGCCUUUAAAGUUGGAAGUGAAAGGGAAUCAUCUUUUAUGGAAAAAUUAUGGGCAUAUAUGAAGAUAAACGAUCUUCUGAAAGAAACUGCGCUGACUGACGAUGAAGUUAUGAAGAUGAUAUUGAAAAACAAAACGCUGGAAUUAUCGUUAAAAUAUAAUUUUGUAACACCUCUGACGUCCAUGGUUGUAAGCGAAACAUUCUUGCCAAGAAAGAUUGGAUAUGACCAGGACAUGCUCAAUGACCCUGGAGUUGACCGGUCCGGAUAUGUUCCAUUUCGAAAUGGAAAUAGAAAGGCAUACAUGAAAUCUAAGGCUGGUAGAGUUUUUCAUUCUCAGUCGUCAAAUUUCGCACAUCAACCUUAUCCUACGCAUAGGCCUGAUACAUAUGCACUUUCAGCUGACCUUGACAAGCAUGAGGUUCGAAAAGACUCUAAUGGUGGAAGCAUACUUCAAAUAAGAUUACCUACAGUUUACUGUGUUAUUUUUCUUCUUCAAUUUUUGAGUUAUUUUAGUAGAUAAGAAAGUCAUAUAAAGCCAGAUUUAGUAUUCAAGCUAAUUUAACCCCAAACAAAUGAUAAACCUUUGCCUGUAUAAUGUUUUGUCUUGUAUGUAGAUUUAAACUUUUGCAUACACCUUUUGCAUACAGUAUUUUCAGUUUUUUCAUUUCAAGUUCAAGUUCUAUCAUUACAUGAUGUUCUAAAAUAAAAAAAUACACUCAAUCUUCGUUGAAAGAUGAAAGCUCGCGACAUCAGUAAAGGAAAAACUAGGAUAAUCCUAUGUCGUUUUUAACAGUGAAAUUAACAUUAAAAUGAAAAUCUUUAAGCUUCUGAUAUAUAACCAAUAUUGGGCAAAUAAUUUGUAAAUGAAAAUACUAAUGCAAAGAGAAAGAGGUACAAAAAACAUACACCUUCUAUGUUUGCCCAAACUUGCAUUUUUUUACUGUAUGUAUAAGCAAUAAACAAUCAAUUUAUCAACAAAAUCUGGCUGUAUAAUUUUUAAAUACAUUAAUUUGUAUUUAUUGUUUUUUGUCUUAAACGUGAAGAGUAAGCAUUUAUGCUCUGCUAAAAAUGAUCAAAAAGGGCUGUGUGUUGUGGUGAAGAAAAAAAUAUUGGUUUCAUGAUUAUUAUUAUCUUUUCUUUUUUAUUAUAACAGUUUUAAUAAAAUUGUGUUUGUAUAUUUUAUAAGACACGCCUAUUUUAUAAAUUCAUCAACAAAAUAUGGUUGUAUAGUUUUAAAUACGUAUUUGUGCUUAAUAUUUCUGUUUUAAAUGUAAAGAGUACGCAUUUAUGCUACUGCUUAGAAUGAUCAAGAUGGCUAUCAUUAUGCGUUGUGGUGAAAAAAUAUUUGUUACAUGAUUUUUUUUUUAAUAUUUUCUUUUUUAUUAUAGCAGUUUUAAUAAAAUUAUGUUUGUAUA